CCACACACAGCCUCUGCCCUGCCUAGUGAAUAUUUUAGUGACCCAUUUACAGCAAGCGACUUUUAUUGAGCAGAGUAGGCAAAUGCAGAAGGAAACAGAAGCCCCAUCAUCCUUGUGACAGUUAUACGUCUGUCUCUAUAUAUGUAAUCCACCUUCUCAGCCUGAUAAACAACAGUCUGUGCACAGGUUUUGAAAGGAAGGUGACCAUCAUCUUCUGUGAUCUGAGCAUUUUCUGGCAAACACCUCAGCCACCCCAUAAGCAGGUAAGUCUUAGCCUUUGCACAGUGAUAUCAUUCACAUCUCCAGCCUUACCUUGAAUUUCAUUCUGGCUUUUUAAUCUCUCUCCUGGGGCUUAAUCAACAUAAUGUUUCCCUUUCACCUGAUUUCUAUUCUAAGUUAGUUUUUGAGUCAGCUACUCAGCAGCUAAUUGUACUUUCAUCUUUUUUCUUGGUGGUGCCUCCCUAUGUACCUUCUUACUGCAUGCUCUAUGAAGUAAACCCUCAGCAAUGCCUAGCCGUGUUUAUUUCAGGCCAUUUACAAGAAAAAACGUCAACCCAAGCAAACACAACUGCAUAAAUCAAAAGCUGAUGCUUCUAUACUUAUUACUGGUGAUUUUCCUCUAACGAUUUAAGAAACUGGUGUGGAGCAUUCUGUAUAACUCAUCCACUUCGGCUGCUGUUAUUUCUUGAUCUUAUUUUCUUGAGAAAACUUCUGAAUGAAGAUAGGAGGUUGUGCCUUCAUUUUUCCUGUGCUUUCAGCUACGGGUAUGAGACAUUUCAUUUUACAGUAGCUUUGCAAAAUGACGCACAGGAGAUCACUGUCUUAUAAAGACUUUCCAUUUACCUUUUUGAAGCAAUUGCGAUUGAGUUCACGGCAAUGCUUUGUUUUUAACAGUCUAUCCUUGGUCACACACAGCUGUGAGAAUGGAUCACUGAAAACUCUUUUUUUCAGUUCUGGUGACAAUUUCUUUCUUCAGCUAGCUCUCCACCCCUUCCCUGAGAUCAGCCUUUGGUUUGGCUCCUUCACAAUGACUCUGGGUCUUUACCCUACAGAUCUCCCUCUCGUUGUUAUGUCCACACCUCUGGAGGAUGCAAUGGACACCUUGAUCAGGAUUUUCCAUCACUACUCUGGCAAAGAAGGAGACAGAUACAAGCUCAGUAAAGGAGAACUCAAGGAGCUCCUCACCAGCGAGCUCACUGACUUCCUUUCAGGACAAAAGGACCCGCAUCUGAUUGAUAAGAUUAUGAAAGAUCUGGACUCCAACAAAGAUAAUGAAGUGGACUUUCAUGAAUUCGUCAUUCUGGUUGCUGCUUUGACUGUGGCAUGCAAUGAUUUCUUUGUAGAACAGCUGAAGAAAGAGGGAUUUUAAAAAUGCUUAAUAUACGAAUGCGAGCAAAGCAUGCCUAGUUAGGUAGCCCUCAUCAGCAUUUAGUGAAUGCAAACCAUCAUCCCUCCAACUGUUACUGCUCUAAGACAUUCACAGAGCAGAUCAGCAGCUGGUGUAAGCUGGACCAAUGCCAGUUUACACUACUUGAGAUCUGGCUUUUAAUGUUUUCAGGUUUUGUGCUGCAUGCAUCUGUAAUGUGCAUCUAUGAGUUGCCGAAGUCAAGGGCUUGGUGUGACAGAUCAUUUGGCAGAAGCUGAGACUUCUAUUUCUUAACUGCCAGUGGAAAGUAAAAGGCAUGGGAAUGUUACUUAUGUACUUUCUGAACUGGAAAAUUUGGAAUGAGACAUAAAACUUGCAAUUAAGUUUUCAGUCAUUCUGUAACAAUCACAUUUCUUGCAGCUCAGAAAAUCCAGCUUGGAUUUUGCUCAGCUCUGCUUAUUCUAAAGCCCUUUUUAGAUGCUGCUCCAUACCUCCCCACACUCUUGUAUUUCAGAUGUGGUCACAGCUGUCUCCUGGUGCCUGAGCAGACAGUACCGCUUGCCAUUGUUACGGGUUCAUUUCCUCUACCUCCCCUGCUUCAAUUUUGUUGUGUUGGCAUUACUGCAUCCCAGUAGUCCACCUCUUCAUUCAGCAUAAAUGAAUUUAUUCAUAUGUUAAAUUAUUCAAAUGCGUAGAAGGUUUAGUCAGCAAACUGCUCUGAGGGCUGAUGGAGGGACCAGGUCUUCAGGGGAGAUGCAAAUACCUUCUGCUUUCACAAUUCUGGCACCCUUAAGAGGAGGACUUUUAGAGGACCACUUCUGGGGGAUUUAAUGAUAGGGUCUCAGGGUACAUCUUUCUAAUGUGAGUCAUCUUAUGGAACAAUGAUUUCAUCUUA